ACACUGUAAUGGCUGGAGUUAAUUCUUCAUUCCAAAAAGAUGACAGAGGAGACACAUUCCUGAAACAGGCUUUAGGUAUUUUAAUGCAGGAUGCAGUGAUGUCGGGAACUGACAGAAACCAAAAGGUUUGUGAAUGGAUGGAGCCAGAGGAACUACGUAAAAUGUUAGACUUAAGUCUUCGUAGUAAUGGAGAAUCUCAGGAGGUUCUGUUGGGUUACUGUAGAGACAUCAUCAGGUUCAGCGUCAAGACAGGGCACCCACGAUUCUUCAACCAACUCUUUUCUGGAUUAGAUCAACAUGCGCUGACCGGUAGGAUCUUGACUGAAACCUUGAACACCAGCCAAUAUACCUACGAGGUUGCACCUGUAUUUGUGCUAAUGGAAGAAGAAGUUCUUAGAACACUGAGACAUUUCAUUGGUUGGAGGACAGGCGAUGGGAUAUUCUGCCCAGGAGGGUCACUUUCAAAUAUGUAUGCGAUGAAUGUGGCACGAUUUCACCAUUUCCCAUAUUGUAAAGAGAAGGGACAGGGUGCACUCCCUAGGCUGGCACUGUUCACUUCCGAAGAGAGCCAUUACUCGGUGAAGAAGGGGGCAGCAUUCUUAGGAAUUGGAACAGAUAAUGUGAUCCUCGUACGAACAGAUGACAGGGGGAAGAUGAUACCAGAAGAUUUAGAGGACAAAAUAGAGAAAACAAAGUCAGAGGGCGCUGUUCCUUUCUUACUUAGUGCAACUUGUGGAACAACAGUGCUUGGUGCCUUUGAUCCCAUUCAAGACUUGGCUGAUGUGUGUGAACGUCAUGGCUUAUGGCUCCAUGUAGAUGCUGCAUGGGGAGGCAGCGCUCUUCUAUCCAGGAAACACAGACAUCUCCUAAAUGGCAUUGAGAGGGCAAAUUCUGUUACUUGGAACCCCCAUAAGAUGCUGGGAGUUGGUCUUCAGUGCUCAGCCUUUCUUUUACAAGACACAACAGGGUUAUUAGAGCGAUGUCAUGCUGCCAAUGCCACUUACCUCUUUCAAACCGACAAAUUUUACAAUUUGAAAUAUGACACAGGAGACAAAUCCAUUCAGUGUGGCCGUAGGGUGGACUGUCUAAAGCUUUGGCUGAUGUGGAAGGCACUUGGAUCAGAAGGCCUGGAAAGACGAGUGGAUGGAGCACUGGAACACACAAGAUAUCUGGUAGAUGAAAUGAAGAAAAGAAAAGGAUUUAUUGUUAUUGUGGAGCCAGAGUUUGUGAACCUAUGUUUUUGGUAUGUGCCACCAAGCCUUAGAGGUCAGCAGGCUUCUCCAGAUUUCUGGGAGAGACUUGGAAAGGUAGCGCCAAUACUUAAGGAGAAGAUGAUGAAGAAAGGCUCCAUGAUGCUUGGCUAUCAGCCACACAAAAACCAUGUGAAUUUCUUCAGACAAAUUGUGGUUAAUCCUGAGACUACUACAGAGGAUCUGGACUUCUUUUUGGAUGAAAUUGAAAGACUUGGGGAAAACCUGUGAAUCUGCCUCCCUCUUAUAUCACCUUUAAAGUCAUAUAUAACAAAACAUUUACCGUAUAUUAAUAUACCAAUAAGCAUAACAAUUAUGCAAACCGGGCUGCUUGUCUGGUUUAUCACAGGAAAACAGCUGGCCAUCUCUGGCAUUGCAGAAUUAUGAUAAGAGAAGAUAAUAACUUCACUCUUUUGUGAUAUGGUUUUAGCAUUUCUGGAAUAAAUUGAGUUUUAAUGCUUG